GAGGAGAGAGGAGGGGUGGAAGGAGAGCAGAGCUCGGGCAGAGAGCACAGAGCUGACUAAGAAGCCGCAGCAGGAGCGGGGAGUUCGCUUUCACUUGCACAUGGGAUUCCCCGCGCGGUGACAUUGCCCCUGUCUCUUGGCUGCAGCAUCACGAACUGCAUUCGGCCGGAUUGUGGAGCACAGGGCUCAGGAGGAGGAGCGGGGGCAGCAGAGAUGAUUCAGGGAGAGAAGCUGUGCGGGUCGGACAAUCAUUAGUGAUUCCGCUCAAGUCUCUGGGAGGGGAAAGAAGAGUUUUUGGCUGAUUCUCUCUUGCUUUUUGCCAUUCCCUGCUGCUGCUGCUGCUGGUGUCAGUGGGACGCUCUUGGAUAUAUAUAUAUAUGUGUGUGUGAUAUGAUUGAGUCGCAGCCUGCCCAGAGAAUCAGCAAGAUGAAAAAGUUGCGCAGAACUUUGUCGGACAGUUUUAGCAGAAUCGCUUUGAAAAAAGAUGAAAACACCAUCGACGAGAUAUGUGUCACCAAGAUGUCGACACGGAACUGCCAGGGAAUAGACUCGGUCAUAAAGCCUCUCGACCCCAUUCCUGAAGACAAGAAGGUCAGGGUGCAGAGGACACAGAGCAGUUUUGACCCCUUUGAAAAAACAUCAAACCAGGUGAAGAGAGUGCAUUCAGAAAACAAUGCAUGCAUUAACUUUAAGAGCGCAUCCGCGGGAAAGGAAUCUCCCAAAGUCAGACGCCAUUCAAGCCCCAGCUCGCCAACUAGUCCAAAAUUUGGAAAAGCCGAUUCUUAUGAAAAACUGGAAAAAUUGGGAGAAGGCUCAUAUGCCACAGUGUAUAAAGGAAAAAGCAAGGUAAAUGGCAAGUUGGUGGCACUGAAAGUGAUAAGACUGCAAGAAGAAGAAGGCACUCCGUUUACUGCAAUCAGGGAAGCUUCACUUCUGAAAGGACUGAAGCAUGCCAACAUUGUGCUGUUGCAUGAUAUUAUUCAUACGAAGGAGACUUUGACCCUCGUCUUUGAAUAUGUGCACACAGAUUUAUGUCAGUAUAUGGAUAAAAACCCAGGGGGUCUGAAUCCAGAGAAUGUGAAGUUAUUUUUAUUUCAGUUGCUACGUGGUUUGUCCUAUAUCCACCAAGGCCAUAUUUUACACAGGGAUCUGAAGCCACAGAACCUUCUCAUCAGCGAUACAGGGGAACUAAAGCUGGCUGACUUCGGUCUUGCAAGAGCCAAGUCUGUACCAAGCCACACGUAUUCCAAUGAAGUAGUGACACUCUGGUACAGGCCUCCAGAUGUCCUCCUGGGCUCCACAGACUAUUCCACCUGCCUUGACAUGUGGGGCGUUGGGUGCAUAUUUGUGGAAAUGAUCCAGGGAGUCGCCACAUUUCCAGGAAUGAAAGAUAUCCAAGACCAAUUGGAACGGAUAUUUCUGAUUCUCGGGACGCCUAAUGAAGAGACAUGGCCUGGGGUCCAUUCUUUACCACACUUCAAACCAGAACGAUUUACACCAUAUGGCCCUAAGAAUCUAAGACAAGCUUGGAACAAGCUGAGCUAUGUGAAUCAUGCAGAAGAUCUAGCCUCCAAGCUGCUCCAGUGUUUUCCAAAGAACAGACUGUCGGCACAAGCUGCUCUGAACCAUGAUUAUUUCAGUGAUCUCCCUCCCCGGCUAUGGGAGCUAAGUGACAUGUCUUCCAUUUUUACGGUACCGAAUGUGAAGUUACAACCUGAAGCUGGAGAAAGUAUGAGAGUGUUUGGGAAAAACAAUAGUUUCAGCAAAAGUCUUUCAAACAGCAAGCACUGAUGACUGCCUUGCACACGCAUACAUGGAGGUGAAUGCCAAUGACUGGGAUGCUUGCCUUAUGAAAUGGAAGCUCGGAUCUUCUCAUACAUUCUGCUGAUUAAAUACCGCAGAGGACUGAAUUUGGCAAGACACUGUUUCACACAAUAAAAAUAAUGUACUUCAAGCCUUGCACGCAUCUAGUGAUUUAUAUGAAGAAUCAAUCGUAUUUUGUUAACUGCACUGUUGAGGGUGUAUGUAUAUAUAUAUAUGUACACUUUUGACUCAUUUUUCCUUUUUCUUCAUUUGUGCUUUGAAAACUCUUCACUAUGGCUCCAUCACAAGUCCACCAUUAUUUUUUUCCUCUUUUUUUUUAAAAAAAAUUGUAUUUAUUUUGAUUAUGUUAUGAAUUUAGUUAAUGGAUGAAAGAUGGAUGUUCCUACAUACGGUAUAAAACAAAAAGAAAACCUAGCAACAUAAAAAGCCUUAUAUUUAAGGCCCAGGCAGAACUGCAACAUUUUCUUAAAACGAUUUAGUCUUUUGUGUAUGCUCAUUGAAAUCUUUGUAAAAUUAUACCAUGUGUUGUGUUAUUAACCAUGAAAAUAAUUACAGAGCCAGAAACUACAGUGCUGUAGCAUUCAAGUAAAUAUAUGUUUCCCUUGUUUUGUUUUACCUUUAGGGCCCUUGCACAUGGCCGUUUUCUCCUGGAGUAAACGCACUCAAUUAUUGUGAAGGGGGCUGUAC